AUGGCGCAACACACAAUAUGUGGCAGCCAUGGCUACAACCAUGGUGUGUCAGCCAAUGAGGAACAACCUCAAUGCAGUGGCUCUGAUGUUGGUUGCUCUAACAAACCAUGUAACAGAGUGAUGACGCAUGCCAAUCUGAUGAACAAUUACUUCAACCCCAACUUGGUAUACACAAAAGAUGAUUUCAGACGUCGCUUUCAAAUGAGGUCUCAUGUCUUCGAGCACUUACUUCAUGAUGUCCAGCAAGUUAAUCUAUACUUCCAACAGAAGCUAGACAGAGCAGGCUACCCUAGUUUCUCACCUCAUCAGAAGGUUACUGCUGCACUACAAAUGAUGGCCUAUGGCUCCCCAGUUGAUUCAAUGGAUGAAACCCAUGCUAUGUCUGAGUCUACAUGCCUUUAUACUCUUACUGAAUUUUGUAACACAAGUAUUCAGCUUUACAAAGAGGAGUACCUCCGCAAGCCAAAUCAAGAAGAUCUGGAUCGGCUCCUUCGCAAAGCUUAA